AUGAAUUGUAUGUUAUCCAUUCUUAUACCAUUAUUAUUAACAUUGAUCGUUACUACUCAAUCAGACGAUCUUGCGAGCAUUAAAAUAUGUGGCAAUAAGAAUGAAGAAUAUAAAACAUGUGGUUCUGCAUGUCCUCCAACUUGUGAUGAUAUACGUUAUCCGUUACCGAAACCAUCUCGUGCAUGCAUUUUAUUAUGUAAAGCUGGUUGUUUUUGUAAGACUGGUUACUAUCGAGCAGAAGAUGGUAGUUGUGUUGCACCAGAUCAAUGUUGUGGUGACAAUGAAAAAUAUAAAACUUGUGGUUCAGCUCACGUUGAAACGUGUGAUUAUAAGCCUAAGCAAUGUACAAAACAAUGUGUUGCUGGUUGUUUUUGUGCUUGUUCGGAGUAUGUUCGUCAAAGCAACAGUACUGGUAGUCCUUGUAUUCAUCGUGAUAAGUGUCCAGAUCCAUGUGAAGAAGAUGAUUAA